UACGUUGGAUGUCAGUCGCUCGCCGGCCACGAUGCGCUAAACAACCAGGGAGCCGUGUGUAGCGCGGGUGGCUGGGGUGGUCGUCUUCACGUUAUGGAGCGUCCGCGAUGACAUGUCUAAACUCCACCUUGCGCACUAGUAGAAAAGAGAAUGCUAUACCCAAUAUAUAUAAUCAUAAACAAUUGUAACUUAAUUUCCAAACGGAAUCUAAAUCUAUAUUAACAGGAAAAAAACCAAAGAUGUAAUUGGCAACUCAUAUACACCUUAUCUUUCAAAUCCUUAUCAGGGAAAGAUAAAACGGGUCUAUGUACAGGUUUCAGUAUGUGCGAAGCGCUUCGACGGUGCUCACUUAGAAUCCAAUGCUAAGAGAAAAACUUAUAAUAAAGUGUUAAAUAGUGUGUAUAAAUUCCGGCAGAAAGUGUGAGUGUCACUGACGAUGAAGUUGUGGUGGGUAGAGAGGAAGGGCAGAGGAGAAGCAGGAACUGCUACCCACCCAGCGUGGGGCAUCAUCUUGGCAGGCCUUGCUACCCUCAUACUCUCUCAAGCAUCACCAUCAUUAUCAUUAUCAUCAUCAUUAUCAUCAUCUUCAUCAUCAUGGAGGAGCUCGGCAGAAGCAUCUUCAUCCUCAUCUUCACGAGCCGAGUUUUGGCUCCCCAUCUCGGAGGAAGAGGGUCACCAGCAUCACCACCACUACGAUCACAACAAUCACAAAGUGCGUCACCACCACGAUCUGCGCCGGAGACGUAACCUGGACAAUAGGUACCAACCCAAGUUCGCCCACACUGAGUACCAGCAGACAGUGAGGGAGAACCUGCCCAUUCAUACCUCUCUACUGCAGGUCCAUGCCACGGACAACGAUAUGGACGAGCACGGACUCAUCAAGUACAGUGUCAGCGAUCCCGAGCACUUUGAGAUCGAUGACGGAGGCGUCCUGUACAAUGUCAAACCUCUGGACUUCGAGCACACGAAGGGAGAAUACCUACUUUACAUCUACGCUGAAGAUCAGGGGAUGGCCAAGUCAUCGAGGAAGCAGGCUGUAGUACCUGCACGCAUCAGAGUGAUGGACACACCCGAACCUCCCUACUUCGAUAAGGACCAGUACCUCUUCUCCGUCUCCGAGUUCUCUGGAAGAGGGUCGUACGUGGGUACUGUGGUGGCAAGGGAUGCUGACAACAAUUUUGAGAGAUACCAACUUAGGAACGUACAACCUCCAGGCACGUUCGCCAUCGACUCCCAAACUGGGAUCAUUACCGUCAACACCAACAGUUUCUCCAACGUGUGGGAAUUCAACUUCUGGGCUGUGGCGAUCGAUAUGUCUAAUCUAAAUUCCUCGGUACCUGUUAAAGUCAGUAUAAUAGACGAGAACACACACAAGCCAGUGUUCAACAGUUGUAGUUCCUACGACGGAAUCACUGUUCAGGAGAACCAGACCGCUGGGGCAAGUGUUGUGCUGGUACAAGCCACAGACGAGGAUCAUGGCGUCAAUGGCCAGGUCACUUACUCGCUACUAAACGACUUCGACAGCUUCGUCAUCACUACAGAGAACGGAAAUGGCAAUAUCAAGACUUCCAGAAGGCUGGACCGUGACCAAGGGGACAAGGAUUUCUUCCUGACGGUGAUCGCUAGAGACGGCGCGCCGAAGGAGGCGCUGCAGGAGGCCUGUUCCUUCAAGGUCUAGUUAUGCAUCAACGACAACCCUCCAACUUCGAAACUGUAGAUCUCUAUUCUUGACCUCGUGUACGAGCAAAACGUCGCCACGGACCACAACCCAUCCACGUACUUGCUUAGAGUUACGGCCACGGACAUGGACGCCUUGUUAAACGCCGAGAUAGUGUACUCCUUAGAAGGAAUACCCAGCGACCUGUCUUACUUUAACAUCAGUGAGACUACCGGUAUCAUCUCCUUGGUCAAAGCCCUCGACGAUACCAUGGCUGGGGAGAAGACAUUUUCCAUGGAGGCCGUAGCGACAGACAAGGGGGUGCCUCCGCUGAGCAGUAGAGUCGGGGUUGAUAUCCACGUUGUAUCGUCAGGAAACCUGCCUCCAACCAUUGUUUAUCAAGAACCAAGCACACCUAAAGUGAAGGAGAACACUGAGGACACCGAUGUGGUCAUCGUCUGCGCCACGUCGAACAUCCCCGGUAAACCAGAGGUGUACUUCACACUGCUUAACGGUAACACUAAGGACACCAACUCUGACGGAACCUUUGCCAUCAGGAACCUGGAGGUUAAUGAUCCCAAGUGUCAAAGUGACAGCCGGGGAGUGGUCAUCUAUAUAGCUAUGAGGAGUCUUGACUACGAGUCCAUUACUAACUACAAGCUUAUUCUACAAGUUGUGAACGAGCAGAAUGCCCGAGUAGACGUCCAGAUACCCGUAGAAAUCGAAGAUGUGAAUGACAAUGCCCCCUUGUUACAACCCUUCAAUGGCGCCAUCGUGGAGAACUCUCCCUCUUCUCUCAUCACCACCAUCAAGGCUAUAGACAAAGACGCUUCGGAACAGUUCAGACAGCUCAGCUACUCCUUCUAUAAGUCGGUGACUCCUGAUGUCUUGGACAAGUUUACGUUGAAGCCUAAUGGAGAACUGUGGACGUUGAAAAGCUUGGAUAGAGAGAACAAUCCCCGGUACCGCAUUCCUAUACAGGUCACUGAUGGAGUACAAGAACACGAACGUAUGACCUUAUACUGGAUCACGGUGCAGGACAUCAACGACGUACCUCCCAAGUUUGACCUGGAGAAAGGCGUGUACUCAGUACAGGUGCCAGAGAACAGAGUACCUGGCAAAAACACAGGCAUCAAGCUGGUUGUUAUCGACCCUGAUAUUGUGAAUCACAACGACUUCCAGAUCGUCAGGGGAAACGAAGAACAAAAGUUCCGGAUCGACUCGGCGACUGGUGAGGUUCUAAUCAACAAGGAACUGGACUACGACAAGCCCGUCCAAGACAGAACCUUCACCAUGUUGGUGCGCCUGAGUGAUGGUGCCAAUGAGAUGGCUGAAGUCUUUAUCACCAUCAAUGUCACCAAUAUCAACGACCAACAGCCCAUCUUCGUCCCAGACAAGUAUAACUACACUGUCACCGAGAACACUGACUGUGACACUAACUUCGGUCAGGUAACGGCGAUAGAUCCUGAUCUGCCUGCACAAGACGACCAGAAUAUCACUUACUAUCUCUCCAUGAACGAACUCACCAAUUUCACCAUCGGCAAAGAUUCGGGAACUCUCUACAUCAAAGGAUGUUUGGACCGUGAGGCUGCCACUAGGGCCACCAUGUACCUCUACCCUCGGGCCAUGGAUGAAGGUGGCUAUGGCCACGAUGCUGAACCGGCUACGGUAACCCUCAACAUAGCAGAUAUCAACGACAAUCAUCCAUACAUCCAGAGUCCGGACAACAGCUACACCAAGAUCAUGGAGAAUGCUUCCCCAGAUUCCUUGAAACCAAUAACCAUCAUGCUGAGUGACUGGGACACGGAACAACAUGGAUGUCCCUGUACACUCUCCUUUGAGAGCACUACGCCAGCGGACAUUAUACAAAAGUUCAGUGUGAGAGCGUCGCCAAACUACACUUCGCAAUACGAACUGCGGACAUUGAAAGUGCUAGACCGGGAGGCGCAGAAGACGUACCAGAUCCCCUUCAGGACAUCCGACAGGGAGCAAGUGUCUGGGACUCGGUACCUGACAGUGGAAGUGGGUGACGAGAAUGACUCCCCCAUGACGGACGGCUUCAGCACCAUCAAAGUCUACAACUACCAGGGUCAGUUCCCGUCCAUGGUGAUCGGCACUGUGUACGUCACGGACCUUGACGACUACGACGUAGGCGACAAAACCUUCGAGAUCGACGCGACGACUCCUCCAGAAGUCGACACUUACUUCGAUGUCGACUUAAACAGCGGGAACAUCACCAUGCAGAAAGGGACGCCUGAGGGGAACUAUGUGCUUAGAGUCAAGGUAAUUGACAAGUUCCGGAACGAGACGGCCAUCGGAGAGGUGGCCAUCUCUGUGGUGGACCUGACGGAGGAGGCGGUGAUGCACUCUGGCUCCUUCAAGGUGGCAGGAUACACUGCUCAAGGAAUCUUACAGCAGCAAGGGUCGGUCAUGACUGGCAGUAGUCUGUACGAGCGGUUGAAGGAGGAGAUAGCGAAGAUACACAACAUCGAUACGGAGAGUGUGGACAUCUUCACCCUGAGAGAUGUAGAGGGAGGCGCUACGGUCCGGUACAACUGUCACAAUUCACCCUUCUACACCGCCGCCAGACUCAACGGCGUCAUGAUGAUGUAUAGGCAGCAGCUCAUCGGCUCUCUAGGCGUCGACAUAUCGAUGGUGAAUAUCAACGACUGUCUGUACGAGGCAGUGGCACCGUGUGGCACCUCUAGCUGCCAGCAGUUCCUCCGCCCUAACAUCACCUCACCCCUCGUCAUCGGAAGCAAAACUACGACGAUGGUCGGAGUCGACAUCGCUGAAGAAUAUACCUGCGAUUGCGGGGCUCUCGAACCACCUCCUUCAGUGUGCUACAGCGGGUUCUGUCUCAACGGCGGGGAGUGCAUCCAGGCCAACAACACUCUCUCCUGCAAGUGUCCGGACAAUGACUACGGUCCGCGUUGUGAACUGAAGAGCGCCAGGUUCGAGCAGGGUUACGCUUGGUAUGAGCCUUUGAAGGUCUGCCAGAAUGCGUCUUUGUUCAUGUCUUUCGAUACUAAGGAAGACACUGGACUUCUGCUUUACUCUGGACCGACGGUGAUUCAGCCUUGGAGUGACUACCCAAGAGAUUUUAUAUAUGUGGCUCUGAAAAGUUGGGAGCUUCAAGUUUACAUGGACUUGGGAACGGGGACCAUUAGCAUGGCCAUCCCACUCGAGAAGAACACCAACAGAGAGUUCGACUACUCCAUCACUUGGAACGAUCGUGAUGUCACAUUUCAAGUCCUCAAAUGUUUGGGCAAUUCCACCAGUGACAACUCACCCGAAUGUAGGAAAUCCAUUCCCUUAGCAGGCCUCAAAUCUCCCAGUCACUUGCUGAACGUCGGGGCACCUUUGCAGCUGGGCGGAGUGGCGGCCAUGGUAAGCUUCGAUCAACUGGCAAGUUCUUAUGGCUGGACUCUGGUACCACCGAUGGUCGACCCCUUCUUCGGGUGCGUGCUAGAGUUGCGCCAUAAUAACUACCUCUACGACCUCAACGCCACCGACUACGACAAGAACACCUACAAGCCCUGUGAUGCUCCAGUACCUGCUCGUGUCAUCGUGGGCAAGGAGUCCAUCGUCAUCAUAGUUGUCAGUCUCCUGUGCCUCAUAUUGUUGGUGCUGCUAAUACUGUGUCUGGCGCGACGCAACAAGAAGUCCGUCUCUUACCCUGAGCUGGACGGUAUCGUCAAGGAGACUAUCGGAGGGACUGACAUCGAAGGCUUCGGUGAGAAAGACAUGACCCAGUAUGAUCUUAAGCUGUUAAGGGUCGGCCCUAAUGGCUAUCUCUACAACGAGGAUGGCACAAAUUCGUAUACAAAUCCUGUUUAUGAGAAUAUAGUGAACCCACCUGAAGUCCCAUGCUUGCGAGAGGAGAAACGACCUCGUCCUGACGUGGCAGACGAUACCCACCAGAGAGAGCCAGCGCCCCUGGCACAGAUGCCAGAUGGUCUCAGUAUUGGUGACUUCAUUAAUGACAAUAUUAAGAAGGUUGACAAGGAUCCUUCAGACUUUGAUGACGUGCGUCACUACUGUUACGAAGGAGACGAAAUGUCUAUCGCAUCUCUGUCUUCCAUAGGCUCAGGCGGUUCCUCGGAUAGCAGUGAACCAUUCGACUACAAGAACGACUGGGGUCACCGCUUCGAAAAGCUCAAUCAGAUUUACGGGCAAGAAGCAGACGAAGAGGAGGACAGUGACUACGAGUUCCCUAACAUUCCCAAGCAGAGUAAACGGGAAUCCCUUCGUCAGCUGAGCAAACGUAAAUCUCCAACCAGUACCCCUACACAGUCUCCCUCAGGUGACCCUGCCCAGCGCCUGUCAGAUGUGCCAACUUCUUCUUCUGCUCAGCCCGAAGCCAUGGGUAGCAAGGAGGCUCCAAAACCACCUACGAAGCCAGAGUAUCACGAAGCUCUUAACCCGAUGGCUACCUACGGUGCCGUACAGGGAGAUGAGUCUUGGUGCUAGUACCUCAGUCAGCAGUAAUGUGAUACUAGCACAGUACUGUCAAAAGUCUAGCUGACAGAGGGACAGCAGGCUAGUAGUGUGGUGUAUAAACAGCCAAAAUAAUGACCAAAUAGCAGAGUUAAACACGUUAUAUGUGUGAACGUUCAUUUGUGGUGCACUCCUGUACUGUAAACUCCUCAGCGUGUCGCCUACCUUCAACAAAUAUUAUUACAAUAUUGUCAAGAUUCGCCUUCGAAUCAUAUUAAUGCUCUUGGUGAUACCUUCAUGACAAUAAACAGAACAUACACACGCACACACUCCCACACACACACACACAAAUAUAUACAUCAUGUAUAAUAUAAUAAGGCGAGUGAUAGGAGUGUAUUUGUGCACUGCAGAUGGAAGUGUUGUAUGAUGUAACAAAUUAUGAAUGAAUCCAGAUGUCUUACUGCCAACAAUAGUGAAAAAAAGGUUGCAGAACGAACUUUUUAUCCUGACAACGUUUCGCUCUGUGUAAAGUUUCAUUAAGUAGUAUUUAUAACAUGAUAAAGCUCUACAUAGAGCUGAACGCUAACCAAACUGAACGUUGCUUCAUUGUUCAUUAUUGUACGGGAGUACUGUACACCGCAUGCUUUCACAUUACAUGUACAUGUGAUUAGAAUUAAUGCUUGCGACAUCACAAACCAAAGGUGCUUGAAGAGUUGAAUACUAUUCAGCUUUCCAUUCCAAUUCCUCCUCGUCUCACCCAUUCCCAUCUUUCCACUUGCCUCACCCGUUCACACAUUCCUGCUGGCCUCACCCAUCCCCCAACGACUGGCCAGUCCCUUUCCCACUUCUACUGGAAUCACCCAUCCCCACCUCCUACUUGCCUUAUCCAUUCCCAUUUCCCACUUGCCUUACCUACGAGGACGUAGCAACAGUGAUGGUUGGGAGAGACAAACACGCCUUCAACGGGAAACAGCUUAGAGACUGUUUUCCCUCUCAGGUUCCUCUUACCAGUCACCCUAAUGUGUUAGAAGUGUAAGAGUCAACAUUACUUAACAAAUUUUCGUCAUCCCUGACCGUGUUGCAGAAAAAGUCACUUCCAGAUUAUCGAAUUUUUCGGUUCUCAAUAUUUUUUUCUCACCCGAAUAGAAACAAUGACACAAAGUGUAGAUCAUUCAUCUAUAUUCACGGGACAGGCGCUAAACCCGUAAGAAUCUUACAGCUCCGGGGGAAAUGGGAGGUAACGCAGCUUGGAGAUACGUGUUAAUUAGAGCUUAAGAUGUUAAAAGUUGUGCAAUUCGUCUGUGUAAAAGUUUGAUGUUUGAAGCGGGGCUGCCGCGCCUCCUCACUACUCUCAAGUUAUCAUUUUCACGGGGAAGCGCUAAACCAGUAUGAGCCACACAGCGCCAGGAAUAAUGAAGGACAAAAGAGUUUGAUUUAUUGGGUGGGGGGCUAAAAUUUCAGGAAUGAAAAUCCCUAUGCUAGUAUAGCAGGCAUAUAAAAUUAUAUAUCACCGGCGCACAAGAUCACGCAUUAAGUUAUUCGUAUAAUCAUGUUUACGUUUCGAUAAUAGGGCUUGAAUUACUUCGUUUAUCCAUUUGUUUUUCAAAAUCUAAGAGCCUACUCACUCGGCUUCAGGAAACAGGACAAGUGUUUCCUGCCACAAGUCUUGUAAGAGGUCAAAAUCAUGUGGUCUUUCCCAGCUAGGUUUUACACCCCAUUGGAGAAACUGGUGUAAUUUAUAAUAAUGUUACUCGCUAAGCAAUGUAUUAUUUUACGCAUUGCCUAACGAGAAUAUAGAAAUAUUACGUGAUAUUACUAUGAUCUUAAGAUUUCUUGGCAUUCUUGCCUUCUAAACGCGGUUACUGAAGUGGCGUUUAUCGCAACUCUUACGUUAAUCAAAGACCUUAAACCGGGAAGUUUAUACUGAGAGGGAAUUUAAUAUAUAAUUAGCUCGUCAAUGUGGUUGUUACAGCCACGUUUGGCGUGGUCUUGGCGACCAGGUUUGGUGUGGUAUUGAUGACCCUGUUGUGGUCUUGACCUCGUCUGAUGUGAUUUGAUAACCACAUAUGGUGUGAUCUUGACUACCAGGUUGAGUGUUAUCUUGCCAACCAGCUGUGAUGCGGUCGACUAAGACUAAGAUGGCGGUGUAUCUCAAGGAUUCCUAGUUUUCUACCUGUCCUAACCUAAUCAAAUCAAGCAACAACAACAACAACAACAAUACUUUUAACAAGUGACGCGGUCGGGGAGUUAGUUUAUAACUAAAGUAGUAUAAGUCAUGUACAUGGUCACAAGUUGAUCUCAUAAACAUGGUUCUCUGCUGGUGUGGGCUCCGAGUGGUACUCGAACUGGGGGUUAUAUCGUUGUGUGUCGUGCCUCUCUUCUUGUCGCCCCAACCAUGAUCAAAGCCGAUUAACACAACUCAGACAUUCCUUUUGUUACUGUUGUUAUUUUGUUUAAGAGAGCGUCGUUCUAUAGUUUUUUUUAUUUAAUAUUAAACUCACAAGAGAAGAUGAAGUCACGCUUUUAUUAUAUAAUAAAAAAACACUCAUUUUUGUAUUGAUUAUCGUAACAUUAAAAAAAAAGUUGUAAUUUUG